AUGAGACACAAAGCUCUCUUCUCCCUUCUGUGGGCCAUUAUCUCGGCUGCCCUCACCUCGGCAGCUCCUUCCCACUUUGGUCUCAAUAGUGACAACACCAUCGCUCUUGGGCAAAGAACCACCUUGACCUCAUCGAAACUGGACGCUCGCCAAGUCGCAAACGACUUCAACUGCGUGACAUGGACCGACAGCCACGGAGAUCUGAAAUGCAACGAAUUCUCCAUCAUCCUCGGGCACCCCAACCUCGCCCAAAUCAUCACCAAGAACUACCUCUACAUCUACAUGCUCAACGUGACCAACGACUUACUCUACACGUCUGUCGUCAACGCCACCAACAUCCUGGAAAUCAAGUCCGCGCUGAACUGCUACGGCGAUCAAUGGAAGUCCUUUUACUCGGUGCUUCCCUGGACGAUCGACAUGCAUGGCGGGAACGCGUGCAAUGAGAACGCGUAUAAUGGCCCGUAUGAUAACACGUGGAUCAACUACGCGGGACAGCACUUGAAUGUGCCGGACGAUGGAAGGUGUCGGUGGAUGAACAGGGUGGGGUUUAGGUGUGUUGUUGGUAGGUAG